AAAGGUUGUUGAACAUUGUUUUCCCGUCAUGAGAAAAAGGAGAAGUGGCAAUAAAACAGGUCAUUAUCAGUCAGCAGAGAGGGAACAGAGGCAGAGAGAAGCAACAGAAACCAAGAGUUUAGAGACUAAAUACACAAUAAAGCUGGCAUGUGUGAACGCUGUAAAGCCAACAGGCUCGACUAGUUCUUUCGGAAACAAUUUUUGAAUGCAAGGCUUCAUUAGGAAAAGCUAUUUUAACUACAUACCGGAUUGAUCAUGGAAGGAGUUUUGACUUUAGUUUUGCUUUGUGCUGUUUUUGCAUUGGGACAAAUGAAACCCGCUAAUGUUGCCAAUGUUAAAACUUCUCAAACAGAGACUGAAUUAACAUUCCAAUGGGAUAUAGUCGAUGGCAACACAAAUUACAGUUAUAAACUGAUGGGAGACAGUGCCCCUAUCGUUCUGAUCAAUGCAACGGGUCAAGUAGUAACUUAUACAGUCUCAUCUCUGUCUCCUGGAACUAAUUACUCCUUUACACUUUACACUGUGUUUAACGGGAGUCAGAGCGAUGGAUAUAAUUUCUCGGCUGUAACUGUUCCAUCUAAUGUUGGGAGUGUUUCGGUCUUCGAUCGGAAAGAGACUUAUAUAAUAUUACAAUGGGAAAAAGUCAACAACCGCUCCGAUUACACUUAUGAGUUAAAAUACUGGAUUAAAGACGAGCCUCCAACACAAUCACCAACUGAUUCUUUAGAGGAACAUAAUGUCACAUCUCUGUCUCCAGGGACUGAAUACUUUUUCACACUCUAUACUGUGUUUGAUCGUGUGAGGAGCAGUGGAUACAACUUCUCCAAUGUAACCGUUCCAUCUAAUGUUGGGAGUGUUUCGGUCGUCAAUCGGGAAGAGACUUAUAUAACAUUACAAUGGAAAAAAGUCAACAACCGCUCCGAUUACAUUUAUGAGCUGAAAAACUGGACACUUAUAUCACCAAAUGAUUCUUUCGUACAACAUAAUGUCACGUCUCUGUCUCCAGGGACUGAAUACUUCUUCACACUCUAUACUGUGUUUGAAGAUGUGAAGAGCAGUGGAUACAACUUCUCCAAUGUAACCGUGCCAUCUAAUAUCGCAAAUCCACCAAAAGUGGUCGAUUUCAAUGAUACCGACGUGACCUUUCAAUGGAUCACAAGCAACAUAGCAUACAACUAUUCUCUUGAAAGAAGCAACACAUCACGUGAAUACAUUUAUAACAUUGCAGAAGGGAUUGAGGUUACACGUCAUAUAAAUGGUUUGAAUCCUGCAACAAACUACAACUUCACUCUGUACACAGAGUUUUUUGAUGUGAGAAGUACUGGAUACAAAUUCAGUCACACCACGAGUCUAUCUCGCGUAACAGGAGUCGAUUUCACUCGAUCAGAGACACAGUUGAUUAUCACAUGGAAUAAGUUGAACAAAAACAACAUCUACAACUACAUCUUGAGUGAAAGUAAUGGAAAGGAGGAAUCUUUCAGUGGAUCUUCUGAGGAAAAUGAGUUUAAACAUACUUACUCAUCCCUCACGCCAGGGACAGUAUACAGUUAUACUCUCUACACUGAGGUGAAUGGUCAAAGAAAUGGGUCCACCUUCAGGAGCAUCACCACCAUUAACUGUGUGUCCUUUAAGUGGGACAUCACAAAUUCAUCGAUAGAAGCUCAAGUUAAUGGUAGCACACAUGUGAAAGCUGAAAACAGAACCGGCAAUGCUAUUUCUCUCCCUAUAACGGACAACAGGGUGAAACUACAAGAGCUUUAUCCUGGAGAAAACUACAAUGUCUCACUGUUGUAUCAUUUGGACACAGAGGAACUCCUACAGUGCUCACAUCUUCUGACGUUAGUUCCAAAUAGUGUAGGUCGUCUUCGCUGUGAAUAUUUUUCUGGAGGAUAUGGUCUGGCUGUAAUUUGGGAUCCUCCAACUGGAGUUUUUGAUGUGGUGCAGGUGGACGUUGGUAAACAAAGUUUCAACAGUAGUUCAAAAGAACAGAAACUGAACGUAAAGAGCCUGCAAGUUGCCCAGUGGUACACAGUGACAGCGACAUCAUUCUCUGGAGCCAUGAGGAGUAAAACAGCAUCAAGCAACUGUCAAACUAAUCCAGCAGGAGUUAUAGCAGGUGUCCUUGUGUUUUUCCUGUUGGUCAUCAUUAUUUGUGCUGCAGUCUUUGUAUGGCUCCGCUAUCGUUCUGGAAAGCGUAAUAAUAGUCCCAAACCACUAGUGGAGUCAAAAGGGACUAAAAAAAACUACUACAAACCGAUCCCCAUGGAUGCAUUUUCUGAACAUUUUCGAAACAUGAGUUGUGAUGAGAACAGAGGUUUCAGUGAGGAAUAUGAGGACUUGAGUUCAGUGGGUAUAGAACAGUCAAGUGCUGCGGCAACUGUGCUUGAAAACAAGGAGAAAAACCGAUUUUCAAAUGUUUUACCUUAUGACUCCUCCAGAGUGCAUCUCACUGUAAAUGAUGAAGAGGAUUCUGAUUAUAUUAAUGCUAGCUACAUCCCUGGAUACGGUAAUGCAAGCAAACAGUACAUCGCUGCUCAAGGUCCUCUGCCAUCCACCGUCAAUGACUUCUGGAGAAUGGUGUGGGAGAAAAGGUCACAGGCCAUUGUCAUGGUAACCAACUGCACUGAGAGUGGAAGGGUCAAGUGUGAGCAGUACUGGCCACUGGACUACUCGCCUUGUCUCUAUGGAAACCUGGUUGUGACUGUGAAAUCAGAGGAUAAAGCUCAAAGUUGGACUCUGCGAGAACUUAAUAUAAAAAAUAAAAGCACCUCUGAGACACGAACAGUGAAGCAUUUCCACUUCACAGCGUGGCCAGAUCAUGGCGUUCCCUAUGGCACAGAGGAGCUGAUCAAGUUCAGAGGACUUGUCCGUCAGCACAUAGAGAAUUCCUAUUCUGCAGGGCCAACAGUCGUACACUGCAGUGCUGGAGUGGGCCGGACAGGUACGCUGAUUGCCCUGGACGUUCUUCUGCAGCAGCUGCACAGAGAAAAGGCAGUGGGCAUUGCAGCUUUCGUCCAGGAAAUGAGACUCUGCCGGCCACUUAUGGUGCAAACUGAGUCUCAGUACGUGUUCCUGCACCAGUGCAUCAUGGAUUCUCUGAAAACCAAAGUCGUGGCUCAGUCAGAGCCUCUCUAUGAAAACACAGACAUGAUCUACGUCAACUCAAUAGCGUUAAAACAGUAUGAAAAUGGAAGUAACAUAUGAACAAAAAUAGAAAAAACAUCUCAAAAUGUAACAUAAUUCAUGUGUGGUUAGCAUAACCAUGUUCUCAUAAUAAUAACGUACAACCUUGGAGCCACAUUGGUAUAUUUUUUGAGCAUGACUUCCAACAAUUUGAAUGAAAUAUUUCACAGCAUAUGUUAUGUGCAUUUGUUAUUAGAACUAUUUUAUUUAAAACAGUAAUAAUGUUAAUACUAAUAACAAACUGCUAACAGGACUGAAAGAUACUGGUAUUUUGAGCCUCAGCUAAAGCACUAAGAGUUAACUGCCAGACUUUAUUUAUCUAAAUAGCUGUGUAUAUUUAAUUUGUGUUUUUUAAUGUUUUUAAAGCUUGAGCUGUACUUAAUGCUGCUUAUUUUGCACAUCACUUUUAAACAACGAGAAAUGUGUUAUGUUAAAAUUUAAAUACAAGAGGGUCUAUUUAAUAUAAGUUGAAUUUGAUGUGUUUUAAAUGAAUGCUAAAAACAAUGGCCAACAAUUAUAAAUGCUAAAAAACCAUGAUCAAUUAAAAGUAUUUUUCCACUUUAUUUUUGUAUUAUGCCAGUGACGUAUUCUCAUCUGUCUCUCACUUAACAAUAUUUAAAAGAAUAGUUUGUCUAAUGACAAAAUAGUGUCAUUAUUUACAUCAGGAUUGCUCAACCCUAUUCCUACCAGUAUUUUAAACCUCUAUGUCAUUAUCAAGUUCCUGAAGAUUAUGGCUGCAUCUGAAAUCACACACUCCCCAGCUGUUUAAUAAGUGAUAAACAGUAUGGGAUUAAGUAAAUAUGCAUAUCCAAAUUCACAGUACUCAUAAAAUAGACAAAAAGUACCAGAAGACCUACUACAACUGGGGAAAUUUAAUUUUAAUUUUCAUUUAAUGGACACUUUACCCUCCCAUGAGGCCACGGGAGAAGAUGUGUGAUUGGCAGUGAAGCGACACAACUCACCCAGAUAUUUCAUGUGAUAAUGACAACAUGGUGAAUAUAGUGCGUCCGUUUUACAUUCAUACUAUAUAGAAUGUAUAGAAGCUUUUUUUAACAGUUGUGAAAUAAUUACUAAUUCACAAUUAGUACCUACUCAAAAAGGUAAACGAUUUUGGACGCAGGCCAGGUGUGUUUAAUCAGAUUUGGAGCUGAUUUUGCAGGAAGGUAGAUCUAAACAGGAUUGGACACCCAUGAUUUAUAUAAUUUUCAAAUCUGGAUGUGAAAUAGAUAAUGAUAUUUGAGAACUGGAGGGGAAGGAAAGAUUUGUUUGUUUUUCAUGGUUACUUACUGUGAACCAUUGGUGUAUGAAACAGACACAUAAAGAGUAUUCAAACAUUUAGUAUUUCUUAAUACUUUUGUAUUCCUCAAAAAUAUAUAUAUUUUUUCUUCAGAUUUUAGGGUUAAGGAGCGGUCAGAUUAGUGAAAUUUCAUCCAAUAAUUCAGUUUAAUUUCAAUCACUUUCAAAUCAGGCAUAAAAUGUAUGUUAAUCAACGCUGCAAAUUCAUGUUACGAACUUGAACCCGUUGCCGAAAUAUGCAUGUGGAGAACACUUGCCUUCACGAAAAAAUUCCAGAUCACAUUAAUUCCUAUUUAAACGAGAUGAAGAGAUUGUGAUGGAGCGAACAAGGGUUGAUUGUUUGAUAGGAACAUUGUUCCUAUUGUUUGCACUGCAUGUCACUUUAUUAAGAACUGAAAUUUAAGCACUUCAUUAUUCAUCUGCAGUUAAUAUUGUACAAAUACUGAGCUGCCUUAAUGAAGAAUCAUAUAUUUAUAAAUAUAUUCAAAACAAAAGUCAUGGAAUAGGAGUUUCAUUUACACGAUAACUACGUUUUUCCUUUGCUGUUUUGAAAAGUUUUGCAUACAGACGACAGCUGUUUUAUGCACGUAAAGCAAGUAGUUGGUGAUGUCACUUUGUAAAGAAACACUACACACCUCUAGACUGAACACGUAAUGACGUCAUCGUUUGCACAAAUUUGUUUUUUUGUAGUUCCACAGAAAUUAUAAUGUUUUCGAUAAUGUGUUGUCAUGCAAAUGAAUGGCCAAUCGCAUAAAAAGCUUUCCUUUUUUUGUUGAAAAUAGUGUAAACGACCCCUAAGAAAAACAGAUUUACUUCGUGUCCUAUCCAGGCACAAUGUGAUGUUUCCAGACAUAAGCAACUUGCAAAAA